UACACUUUUAUUAUCCCUAACAUGGCUAUCUAGUGACUCCACUAACUCAACACCAGUGUGCAGCUAAAAUAUGUUUCCUUUCUUUUCUUUGCUCUAGCCAAUGGAGAGUGAUUCAGCAUGGCAUGAAAAAUAACCUGACAUUCGAGCAGCUCUCCGUGCUGUGUCUGAAGAUUGUUAAGGUCGUGACCCAGACAGCCCUCCGCAUUCUCCUACCAGCGCUAGCUCGUAUCAUGGGGGUGAACCUGAGGAGUGGGGCAACCUCCCCAGAAUCCCAGUGCUCUCUGACAGGGUCUGAGGAUUCCUUAGGCAGUCUGGAUGAGAGAGAGAAAAGGCUGCUGAUCAGUGAGAUGAACUACUGGACUAAGGAGAGGAGGAGGAAUGGCAGUGCAGGGUGCCGCCAAAAAUCCACUCGCAGAACCUCAUCAUCAUGCUGGUCGCCUAAGAGGUCCCAGACCUCAUUGCAGAGCUUGCCUGCAACUAGAGAGGCUCCCCUCAUGGAGGAGCCUCUGAAGGCUCUUUUUGGGGUAACGGAAGAGAGCCUCCUGAUAUCCCUGGUUGAGGGUCACUCCAACCCCACCUCCUCCAGCUCCUCCGAGUUGAGCUGUGCUAUCGUGGGGGAGGUAGUACACCAGCUUAACUCUGGCCUCCCAGUGGCCAUUCAGGCCAGCUCGGGGAGUUGCCCCCCUAUGGACAGUCAGGACAUAGCAGCAGGCAAGGAGGUCAUUCGGGUAGCCUCGGUGCAGAUCCUGGCCGAGCUACAGAGCAAAACGUCUGAGCCAGAGUGGGUAGGGUUUAUCGAGCCCCUCAUGGACCCUGUGACCGAUGAUGUGCUGGAUGCCAUUGUCGGCACAAUGGACAAAAUGGCACAGGACUUCGACAUCCUCUUGGAUCUGGCCAAGAAGAAGACAAUCUUGGGGUCUACAUUUCUGACCAAUCUUCAAUGUGACCUUGAUGUUGAGUGUCCAUCUGGGAAAGAAGGAACCACUCACUUUCUCAAAGAGACUGGAUCCUCUACCAGUGUGGUGGCCAGAAAGCUUCAGACCCUCUCUAGCCCCGACUUUCAGUCUAAAGCCCUCAAGGCGGUGAGCACCAUCCUUACAAGGAAAGUCAGCAGCUCUUCUGGCAUGGCUCCUUCCUCUAGGCCUUCUAGUGCUGCUCCUAGCCUUACUGAAGCACCCCUGAAUACCAGCUCUACAGCCCUGACAUCUGUAACCUCCACUGCCACAGUGAUUGUUAAGGCAUUUGUGGGAGGCAUGGAGACGAUAGCAUCAUUUGAAGGCACAUGUGAAGCAGUUGAUUGGCCAGUUCCUGUAAAUGACCACAAAACAGGGUCUUCACAGAAGAUAACCUUCUCUCCAGCCCGCACACUCUACGGCCUUAUACGAGCAAAGCUGAGGGACCUUUUAACUCUAUCCGCUCGAGAAGAAGGUGUGGCUAAGGACGCUUCUCUUCAGGAGUAUUCAGACACCCUGGAAAAGGCAACUGUUUCAACUGUUGAGGUCCAGUUACCCAGCACCAAACUUAGUAGAGUUCCCAGUGAGAGCCAACCAAUACCAGCUCUCUGUCUCUCCAAUCUGGAUACCAGUACUCAAGAAGUUCUUAGCAGUGUUUUUUCCAUCUACAAGUCAGAGUUAUCAAAAGUGGAGAGUAAAUCCUUGGACGUUGUCAGUUCAUCUGAUGACUCCCUAGAGGCUUGUUGGUUUGUUGAUGGUGUCCUAUCAGAGCUUGAUGACUAUACUAUUUCCCAGUCACCCAAUGAAGACUUGAGUGUGAGUACUCAAUGUUCUCAACUGAGCUCAAAGGGUCGUAGGUCAGAGUGUGAGUUAGAGUUCAACCUCCCUGGCACUCCCAUCCCUGACGAAGUGCCUUUUGAUCUGACCUGCCCCAUAGUCAGGAGCUCCUGCAUCGACAUCAGGGACUCUAAAAUGCCAGAGAUUUCUACAGGUGACCUAAAGACAAAGAUGAUGGCACACACAGAUGAACCCCUGCAUCGUAACAGUCCAAUGACUGACAGCAGCCGACCACCGAGUGCUAAAGCCUCUUUUCGUUCAUCCACUCCGUCUUUCACCAGCAAGGGAACCUCUUUGGUACAAAAGGGAGAUGGGAUUGACAUUGAAGAGAAGGAGGUGUGCAUCCCCAGCAGCUCUGGCCAUCUGAGGGAGCUCUUAAUCACCCCGGACAUCAGCAGUGCCACUGCAUUCCUACUGCACUACUUGAUGGACUCCAGCAAAGAUGAUGUCAUGUGUUUGGUCACCAUACUGGUGAUACGGUUGCUAUCGAAGAUCAGACCCUCAGCCCUAGAUGGACCCUCCCAACAGGCAGCAGACAUGACAGAAACAUCUCAGCAACUCAUCAGACAAGUCCUGUCUGAGUUCUGUGCUGCAUCCAGAUUCUCCAGGACACAGGCAUAUUCCCAGAAGCUGCACAUCCACAGGGUGUUCAGAGGUGUACAUAAAAACCUCAUGGAGGAGUUUGGCUCUUAUAACACCCUGCAAGCAGCUAUUUCCUCCCAGGACCCUGCAUUUGACAGAGUCCUGGUAAAGUCCUUGACCCAGCAGCUGGUACAGGGAUGCAAGGAGGCGUCAAGACCAGCUUCUGCUGCAACAAACCCAUCAGACCAGGCUGAGACAGAGAGGGGGGCUGAGCAGAAAGCAAGAAGGAGCUUCCUUUGCUUUUCAAUGACCAAACUCAGGAUCAACUUCAAGCGUUCCAAGAGAGGAAACAAAAAGGACUGCCAUUCAGUCCAGGAACAGACUGAGAUUCCCUCUACUGAUGGACAUUGCAUAGCUCCAGUUGGAGAGGUUUCUCCCUCCAUAUCUCAGCCUAUCAAAAAACGAUCCUUGAUCGUCAGGGUCUUUUCAGCAAUGAUGAAGCCAUUCAGAUGCUUCACCAAGAAGAACCUGUAACCUGUUACGCUGCAUGAACAACUACUUUUGGAACAGCAAGACUUUUGACAAGAGGAAUUUCUGCAUGUUUACCCUUUCAAAGUCUAUUUGAUCAAAUAAAUGCAAAUUAUUUUACAA